AUGAAAACAACAUCAACAACAACGUGUACAGAUCCAUGUGGUCAUUUAGUUCUUUUAGAGUAUGGCACAUCUCACACUGGUCUGGCACUUCAACUGGCAGCGGAAUUGUUAAGAUGGCCAGAAGAAAUUGCCUUCAAAUUAUAUAAUAAUGAUGAUAAUGAUAAUGAUUGUAUAUCUUUACCUGAUAUUCCUGUUAAUAAUAAAUACUUCUCUACAGAUGUGUGUAUUACAAUCCUCACAGAUAGUGAAAGAUCUAAUAGGAGAAAUACCUCCACAGUGUUAGGAGAGGAAUUACUGCAGAAGUCUACCUUAACAACUGGCUGUGUUUUAAUUGUAGAUGAAUCCAUAUCUCCUGAACAGAUUCUCUGGGAUUCUAUACCGGAAAGAUGUCUAUUUCGUGUAUUGAUGGUAUUUCAUAAUGAUGAUCAUAACACUAUGAGAAAAACAAGAAGAGAUGGAAUAUGGUAUGAUGCCUGUGUAAAUAAUGGAUUUGAGUAUAUUUCUCACUCUAGUGGAUAUGAAGUACUACCUGAAGGGGUAGAAACCUGUGGUUUACUUGCUGGAGAUCUUUCUGGGGCUGCGAGAGUUUUACAAAUAUUGCAUAAUACACUUUGGCCAGAGACAUGUCGUGUGGACAAAUGUAAUAAUAAUAAUAAUAAUAAUAAUGAUAAGAAGAAGAAGAAGGAGAAUAGAAAUAGUAGUAGUAAUGAAAGGGAGAUUCCAUACAAGCGUGGAUCCAGGUUAGAAAACAGAGUAGCUCUUAUUGGUAUUCAUACAAGAAAUAUACUGGAUUGGUUUUAUGUUUCCCUUAAUGAUCAUCGCUUCUUUACAAUGGAAUGGCCUCCACAGAAGGAACAACAUGAAAACUAUCAGAGAAUGACAAGCACUACUAAUAUUAAUACUAGUAAUAAUAUUAAUACUAUUAAUACUACUAAUACUAAUAUGAAUACAAUGUUAGCGAUUGCCAAUAAAUACUAUACGGCGAUGGUUGGAGUUGAGUAUAUGCAUCCUGCGCUCUUUUUCCCCGCUAUGGAAGAUUUGUUUAUGGCACAGUAU